CAGAGGAAGUUUCAGCAAAAGUGAUUCUAACUAGUGAAGAUCCCCACGGACACCCAUGUCUGAGGACCUUCUUCUCCCCGUGAGUAUGAACCACACCCUCCGCUGCACCGUUUGCUCUCGUGUCCUCAACACUGCCGUCACCAUCGCGUGCGGACACUCCUUCUGCUCGGAAUGCAUCCUGAAACUCUGGGAGCGAGGCCGAAGGAACGAGUGUCCCUGCAGCUGUCCCGAGUGCAGCUACACGUUCCCCUCACGACCGCAGCUCAUCACCGACACCACGCUGGCUGAGCAGGUGAGGGACUGGGGGUCUGCUGGUGACGGGAAACGGCAGCGGCAGCGGCAGCAGCAUGAGUCCCGAGGAAAGUCUCCGCAGAAGCAGCCGGAGUCCGGAAGAAAGUCUCCGCAGAAGCAGCCGGAGUCCGGAAGAAAGUCUCCGCAGAAGAGAGCCUUCAGAGACGCGGCAUCAGGAGACGCUCGGUGCCACAUCGGCUGUGUGGGAGAGGAGCGGAGGAGGAAGGAGGAGGAGCUGAGGAACAUACAGGAGACAAACAAAGAGAUUCUCCAGAAACAAAAACGGAAGUGUGGGAACCUGAAGAAUGUCCUCACACAGAUUGAGGAGGAGGCGGGACAAGUGGCAGACUACUGCGAGGGCGUGCUAGUCGGUGUCAUGGCCUCCAUCCAGAAACAUUACCUGUCAGUGCGGGAGCUGAUUGGAGUUCAGGAGAAGGCAGUGGCAGAUCAGGUGUCCAACUCUGUUCAGACGCUGGAGGAGAAGAUCAAGGAGAUGGAGAAGCGGGAUGCUGAGCUGGAGAGGCUGGCUCUGAGUGACAGCGACACUCAUUUCCUUCAGGAAUGGCCGGAACUGCAGCGUCUAUGUGAAGUGGACCGGGUCCAGGUCCGGUCCGAGCUGUCGGAGGAUCCGCUCCUCCCCUUUGAGUUCACAAAAAGAGCUGUACAAGAGGUCGGGGUGAGGCUGGAGGAAUUUUGUAAAAAAGAAUUUGCUUCAGUGACCGAAAGUGGAGACAGUGAAGUGGAACAGGAGUUAACGGGAGACACAGAGGAGGACGUCACGGUGCAACGUUGUGGCAGCAGUGACUCACCCCGUGGCAUGACUUCCUCUCUGGUGCCUACAACCAGAGCAGAGUUUCUGCAAUAUGCAUGUGAUCUCACCUUUGACCCCACCACAGCUCACGAGGACCUGGUUGUGUCUGUGGGAGACAAAGAGGUGAAAUGGAGGUCUACAGAUUCAAGGAAAUCUCUUCCAACUUUCCGUCACCCGCAGAGGUUUACCUGCCGGCGGCAGUUGCUGUGCAGAGAAGCUCUGCAGGCCGAGCACUGCUACUAUGAGAUAGAGGUGGAAGGAAACAAGGUUGAGAUUGCCCUCGCGUACAAAGGAAUGUACAGAAAGUCCAAUACUCCACGGUCAGCUUUUGGCGCCAACAAGCACUCCUGGAGUCUGGAUCGAUCCUCAAGCUAUUCAGUGAGUCACAACAGAAACAGUGUUGAGCUCACAAAGUGCCCCCAACAUCAGAGGAUCGGGGUUUACCUGAAGUUCAAAGAAGGAACUGUGUCUUUCUACGAGGUGUCAGACAGUAUGAUCUAUCUUUACAAGACUGAGGCUAAUUUCACAGAACCGUUGUAUCCAGGCUUCUGGCUCGACGAUAAAUGUUGCAUUAGGAUCUGUGAUUUGAGUCAGGACAUAUAGAUGCUAAGUGUUCUGGUAACACUUUAUGUUACACUUCUGUCAUAAUUAUGGCAAUACCGGCUUAUUUACCUACCUACCUACCUGACUAACUGACUACCUACCUACCUAUCUACCUGACU